AUGUCCUCGAUGACAACCUUACGCCUGUACCGUCAAAUCCUCAAAGCGACGAAAACGUUCCCCUCGAAAAACAAAAACGGUUUGUACAAAGAAAUCCAACUCGAGUUUCGGGAAAAUUCAAAGUUGACGAAACAAGAAGAGGUGGAGAAGAAACGAGCGAUCGCUUUGGACGGGUUAGACCGACUGAGAGCGUUCAGCCGGUUAGACGGGAAAAGCAGCGAAUGGGAGGUACGGUUAAAAGGACCGAGCACGGAAGAGAGCCGGUAG